AUGUCGUUGAGCAAGACGCCACACAUCGACUUUAGAAAGCUUGGCGAUGGGCUGAAUGGAACCUCCAUCUCGUACUUGUUGGUACAGAUCCAGUGGCCUAUCCGCCAGCAGACGGCUGCGACUGUCUGGAGACAAACCGUGCUCUCCGCGCAGGCGUUCAUCAAUUGCCACAGUACGCCCCCGGCGUUGCAGAGGUUCUGGGUAGAAUCUUACCAGCUCGGUCGUCUGGUGGGGUGGACUCUGGAGGCCGGAGGCACUUGGAAGGAAUCGAGUAACGAAAGCCUCGCCGUCAUCGCCGAGGAGGGGGUAGACCGAAUGUGGACAUGA